AUGCUACCACAACUUCGGUGUUACCUUAGGAGCUUGUACCGUUGGUUAUUAGAUUGGUUUGACCUAAAGGCCAAAAGAUACACCCCUGAAGACGUCACAGAAGAUUUACUAGUUUGGAAAUCUACGCUAGACAAAUUCGAACAUACCAGAUUGAUCCCGUCUCAAGUGGCAACAGAUAUUGGUUGGGUAGGCGAUGCAUCCACUAGUUUCGGGGUCGGCGUUAUAAUCGGGAAGUACUGGAGUCAGUUGAGGAUCCUUAAACCGCGUAACAUCGACCUACCAAAGAGGAACAUAGCCUGGUUAGAAACCGUAGCGGUUCGAGUUGGACUGAUUAUGCUGAAAAAGUUAAACCGAAUUCAGAAAGGAUCCAAUUUAAUCGUGUGGACAGACAAUACAACCACGGAAUCGGUAAUUGAAAAAAGGAAAUCAGGCGACGAACACGUAAAUAAUGAGUGGAAAGCAAUACAGACCUUCCUAAUUGGUGAAGAUAUAGAUCUAACAGGGAAAAGGGUCAAAUCGGCAAACAACGUAGCUGAUGAACUGUCGCGAGGGAUAACAAGUAAGAUGAAAAAAGGGUACAGGGUAAUUUUUGAAAUCCCUGUCGAAUGGGAGCGUUACCUAUGCCACGCUUGA